CUUCCUCCUCCACAUCCCACAGAGCUAGAAGCAGCAAGCAAACAAAGCAAGCAGCCACUCACACAUUAGCCAGGAGCAAGAGCACCAGUUCAGGAGCAGGCUAGCGAUGGAGAAGUCGACCAAGAUGGCGGCGAUGCUCGUCCUCGCCGUGCUGGCCGCGGCGACCAGCGCCGAGGCGAGGAACAUCAAGACGACGGAGGCGGCAGCCGCCAGCAAGGACGCGGUCCUGCAGCCGACGACCUUCCCGCCCUUCGACCGCCUCGGCAGCGGGUCACCGGCAUUCAGCGGCGGCAGCAGCAUGCCGGGAUUCAGCCUCCCCGGCAGCAGCGGCGCCACCUCGGGCUUCGGCGGCAUCGGCAGCAUGCCCUUCCUCGGCGGCAGCUCCCCCGGCCUCGGCGGCUCCCCCGGUCUCGGCGGCUUCGGCGGCAUGCCGGGGUCCCCCGCUGCAGCUGCCGUCGACGAGCACGCCAAGAAGCCGUGAAAAGCUGAGGGCGGCCGUUGAUAGCUAGAUCCGCUGGUGUGUGGCAAGCACUGACGGGGCGCAUGGUUGAUGGUUCGGUAGUGCUACUCGUAGCGUGCAUGCAUGCUGGUUCUGUGGGCGCUAUACGCCGCGCGUACGUACGUUUGGAGAACUCGAUUUGUUUGUUGUGUUUGUCGCUUAAUUACGUCGUUAGGUCCAUCUCUGUCGGUCGGUCGUGUUAAGUUCUUGGUUAUCUGUAGUAGUGGUGCAUGUUCUUGAGGCAUAUGAAUAAUGCUAGAUGUACGUGUCAGCUUGUGCCGUGGUAUGCAAUGAUGAAAUGAAUGAAGUAUUAUUGUAGUAA